GCGUGUUGACGUCACGGUCUCGGUCCUUCGCUGCCGGUAGAGUGAGCGUGAACUGCCAAGAAGCGGAGAAGAAGAAAAAAAAAGCAGAAGUGGAAGCAACGUCGAAACAAAACACAGAUUUGGCUUUUUAUGACGCCGAGUGACAGCCGAGAAAACUAGAAAUCACCGUGUCCGAGAACUGUGAACCGACUCCAGACUGACGAUGGCUGUGAACGUCUACUCCACCUCAGUGACCAGCGACAACUUGAGUCGUCACGACAUGCUGGUCUGGAUCAAUGAGUCUCUACAGAUGAACCUCACCAAGAUAGAAAUGUUGUGUUCAGGUGCUGCCUACUGCCAGUUCAUGGACAUGCUGUUCCCCAACUCUAUGCCUCUGAAGAGAGUCAAGUUUGGUGCCAAGCUCGAGCACGAAUACAUCCACAACUUCAAGCUGCUGCAGGCCGCCUUCAAAAAGAUGGGAGUGGACAAAAUCAUUCCAGUAGAUAAACUGGUGAAGGGGAAGUUCCAAGACAACUUUGAGUUCGUCCAGUGGUUUAAGAAAUUCUUCGACGCCAACUACGACGGGACGGAGUACAACCCGGUGGAGGCCAGACAGGGGCAGGACGCCAUGCCGAUGCCCAACCCCGCCCAGUCGGCUCUGGGCAAAACCCCCAGAAAGCCCCUCACUCAAGCUGCUCAGAGGCCUCCGGUUGCCAAGGUAGCGCCCAAGUUGGCUCAGACCAGCGCCAGGAAGCCGGGGAUGGGAGGAGGCGACGAGGAGAGGGCAGAGCUCAUGAACGAGAUGGAGAUGCUGAAAUCCACCAUUCGGGACAUGGAGAAGGAGAGAGACUUUUAUUUUGGAAAGCUGCGGAACAUUGAGAUGAUCUGCCAGGAGAAGGAAGGAGAAGGCGACGCGACAGUGCAGAGGAUUGUAGACAUCCUCUACGCCACAGACGAGGGUUUCGUGAUACCGGAUGCUGAGGAGCAGGAGGAGUUUUAAUAUUCAAGACUGCAAGCAACUUUUCUUUUUUGAACGCCCCGGUCUCCAAACCCACCUCCAAAUCCGGUUCGGUUUCACGUCCGAUCCAAACUGUCCCGAACCACCCUCGACCCGCCGGACUUCCUCCUCCUCAGCUCCACCUCAAUCUGAUGAUGCACCACACAUCUGGUUUUUGUAACGGACUUUUUGAGUGUGAAAAUCCUGGUGAUGUUUCUGUGUGUGUGUGUGUGUGUGUGUGUGUGUUUAAAUUGUUAAAAAAAAAAAAAAAAAGAAAUCAGUGAAGAACCUCCUUCUGCUUCGUCCCGAACUAACCCAGAUUUGAGUGUUUUGUUUCUGGAGCCGCUUCGUGCCUCGAUUUCUAUUCGUUCGGAAAGAAGACGAUGCGUUCGCAGACUUGAGGAAAAGCAGGAAACAAACAAAAAAAACACAUUCCUAUUCAGAAACACCAAAUCUGGGGGCGUAUCUUUUGCUAAACGAAAUUAGGCGAUAAAGAAACGCAACAUGGCAGGCUAAUUGUCCGUACGAAACACAUAAGCGUUUCUUUACUGCCUAGUUUUCGUACAGAAACACGGAAGCGUUUCUUCACUGCCUAGUUUUCGUACGGGAACACAGAAGCAUUUCUUGACCGGCUAAUUUUGGUACAGAAACAUGGCAACGUUUCUUUGCCACAAUAUUUCCGAAUGGAAACACAGCAGCAUUUCCGUGUUUCGAGGGGCUCAGGGUUUAGUCCGGGACGAGGCGGGUCUUUUCUUGGCCUUCUGUUUAGCCGUCGCCACCGAGGACGCCUUCUUUGACGAGCUUUUGUAAAUUAACGCUAAUCAUAUCUUCCCCCUCAUGCCGCUUUUUGUUUAUUUUUUUGUUUUUCGUUCACCUUUAACUUCUGUUUGAGCUCCUUCGCCUGUCAAAAACUUGUUUUCCUAGCAAAUAAUAGGAUAUUUGGAUAUUUAAUGAAAAAGAACCCCUUUCACUGUCAUUUCAGGCUUCCUAAACAAGUCGAAGCGUUUCUGAUCGUAGCCGAUUUUUGUCUGUUUUUAUGCUGAAAUAAAUUCCACGUGACGAAACACUGUGAUCAGAUUUCGCUGCAUGUAGCUGCCACGUCAAAACCAACGUGUAUUUUUUGUGGAAUCGUAAAGCUAAGAGUUCACCGAAGCCAAAUUCUUCAUCUGCCGUUGAUCUUAUUUGACUUUUUUUUUCCACUGUACUGUGUUUAGAAAAACAAACUCUUGGAAUACACAUGACUUUAUCAGUGGCCUUAUUCAUAAGAAUUUUCAUAACUUUCUUUCUGUUUUUUUUUUUUUUUUACUUUAUUGUGCGUCUCUGCUGUUUGUACUGUUACAGUCGUGUUUUUUAAUGUGUUCUGAAUCUACUCGACAUCGGAGGUUUUGUGGGCGGCUGACGCCUGUCUUCCAUUAAACGCUCGCAAAGCAAACAAGAAAUUAUAUAUUUAUGCUGAUUUAUUUGUUGUAUUCUUGCCUUCAGUUCGACCUAAACGGCUGCAGAAUUAAAUUAAAGAUCAGUUGAAUAGAUGUUGAAGCCCUUGGACGGACGCAAAUUCACAAUUCAUUUCUAUUUUCUAAUGUUUCAUGGAGGAAAGUGAAGGAAAAUGACUGAUCAAAUCACCAAUUUGUCACAAAGAGACAGUUUGCAGCAGGAUGCUAAUGUUGUAUUUUGUCAUUUUUGAGCUAACGAGUUUCUAUAACAACAAUCAGCUGAUUAUUAAAGGGUGCACUGUUUGAAAUGACACAGUGACAAAGAAUUUUGUUCCAGUUUUCCUUCAUCCAUAAACUCUGCUUGGAGGUCAUUAAGUAUCACAGAAGUCUUUGUCAUGGUGCCCGUUGCUAGCUAAACCACUGGUACUUUUCGUAAUUAAAAUAUGUAUUCCUGCUCUGAUUUUACAAGAAUUUCUAAUGAUAAACAGAAGAAAAUGAAGGAGAAUUACUGAUUUAAUAACCAAUUUGUCACAACAAAGAGACAAUUUGCGACAGCAUGCUAAGGAUGCUAAUUUUGUAGUUUUGUAAUUUUGUCGCUCAUAAGUUUAUAAUUUAAUAAUCAGCAGAUUAUUAAACUGCACUGUCAAAUGCUACAAGAUACAAAAAUUCAGUCCUAUUGGAUCAAAGGUUUCCUUAAUCAGAGGUCAUUAAGCAUCACAGAAGUCUUUGUCAUGGUGCCCGUUGCUAGCCGAACCACUGCUACUUUCCAUGAUUGUAAAACGCAUUCCUGCCCUGAUUUUACAAGAAUUUCUAAUGUUUAAUGAAGGAAAAGUAAGAAAACUGACUGAUAAAAUCACCAAUUUGUCACAAAGACAAUUCACAGCAGUGUGCUAAGAAAGCUCAUUUGUAGUUUCUUAAUUUUGUUGCUAAUAAGUUUCUAAAUAACCGGCGGAUCAUUAAAGAGUGCACUGUUUUACAUGACACAGCACAAAUAUUUGAUCCCAGUUUUCCUCAACACAAUCUCUGGUCAUUAAGAAUCACAGGAGUCUUUGUCACGGUGCCUUCUGUAAGAAUCUCAAUCUUAUUUUCAGAAUGUGUUCUGUUUGACGAGAUCUUUUGUUUCUAUACGUGUACUUCAGCAGAUUUACUUUGAAAAUCAGUUUUAAGCGACUUUUACCCAGUUUUUAUCUGACUGUAGCAGGAAACAACUAAAAUGAGGAGUUUCAUGAACAAACGUCCCUGAAAAUACGAUUCUGGCUGCAGAAGUGAACAAAUAUUUACCACAAAUAUGAACUUUGUUGUCUGAAAACUCAUUAAUGAGAACUUUCACCUCAAGUGAUUAAGAGCCAAAGUUAAAUCUGGUGCAACAACUGAUGCAGAUGUUCAUCAUUUUGCAGAAAGAUGAAUUUAAACUGAGGUCUUCCUCCUUCAUAAACAAUCAAAAAUGGUUUCUGCUGCAGUUAAAAGCAGAUAAAAGGACAAUUUUAUUUAUUAUUCCAGCUAUGUUUUACUAUAUUGUCACUUAUUCUCUAUUUAUGCGCCCAGAGUUCCUGAAAAACACAUUAACUGGAUUAUUAGAUUAUUUGUCCUUAAAAAUAGUCAGAAAAUGGUGAAAAAUCUGGAUUAAAUCCCAAUAUGACGCCUUGUUUUAUCAGUUUACAUUCACAGGGGAGGAAAGAAAGCAGGAAAUGUUCACAUUUUGGAGAAUUUGGAGCUUUUUUCUGGAAGCAAACCGCUUUGAAAAAUUGAAUUUCAGCUCUUACACGUGAUUGUUUCGGUUUGAGUGAAGUUUUUAGGUUGUUGUAGCUUCAGGUUCUUUCUUUUGGUGCUUGUAGGAGACGGGUUUGAGAAGGUUAAUGUCGAGACAAACGGACUAAACGAACUCCAUCCUUCAGUUUUUCUGUUUCCUCAAUGCAGGAAAACGUCAAACUGUAAACAGAACUUUUAACAGCGCGCCUGUCGUCACUAAAACCCUGAAAUACCACCGAAACUGAGCGGUCCGCUGGAGCACGAGGAGCUUUUCUGUCCGUCGCUGGAGAAUCUUUAGAUAAUUGUCGGGCUUUAUUUGCAGUUUGGAGACGGUUUGAUGAUAGUAGUGAAGCGUCGUAAGUGUUAGAAGGACUGUGUGAAUGGAAGAGGACAGAGAACGUCUGAGCAAAGAGAAAUAUUUGGCUUUCAAGGUGUUUCUGAGUUUCUUUUUUCUUCCCUGCCGAUGACGUGAACACUGUGGGCCUCUUUCUCUGUCAGUGUUUCUUGUACUCUGAUGAACUCGGUUUUCUUUAAUCAAGUUUGGUAUAGACAAUAAAACAGUAUUUCCACGUCA